AUUCUUGUUCCUGAAUAUUCAGAAAGACCAGUCAUUGUAAAAAGUAGUCAUCAGAAUUUCCUUCCUAUUGUUUUUCCGCCGGAGUUUCUUCGCCGGCGAAGUUGACCACUAGUUCCCGUCGGCCUCUUACCUCCUCCUCCGAUCUCCUUCUCCGGCGAAAUCCACUUUGCAGCUUUUAUGUUAUCAUUAUAAUCGAAGAUUUGCACUAAGAGCUUCUGAUAACCACUCUGAAUCAGUGGUUUCCGCUAAAGGAGAUGGGUAUAUACCUGAGUACUCCGAAAACAGAGAAAUUUUCAGAAGAUGGUGAGAAUGUUAAGGUUAGAUAUGGUUUAUCAUCAAUGCAAGGAUGGCGAGCAACUAUGGAAGAUGCUCAUGCAGCAAUUACUGACUUGGAUGCUUCCACUUCCUUUUUUGGUGUCUAUGAUGGUCAUGGAGGUAAAGUUGUUGCUAAAUUUUGUGCCAAGUAUCUACAUCAGCAAGUGCUGAAGCAUGAAGCAUAUCUGCAUGGAGAUAUUGGAACUUCAGUCCAGAAAGCCUUUUUCAGAAUGGAUGAGAUGAUGCGUGGUCAGAGAGGAUGGAGGGAGCUGGCUGCGUUAGGGGAUAGAUUAAACAAGUUUACGGGUAUGAUAGAGGGUCUUAUGUGGUCUCCAAGAAACGGUGAUGGAAACGGCAAUACUGAUGAUUGGGCCUUUGAGGAGGGGCCUCACUCUGAUUUUCCUGGACCAACUUCUGGAAGUACGGCUUGUGUUGCAAUCAUUAGAGAGAACCAAGUCAUUGUUGCGAAUGCUGGUGAUUCGCGCUGUGUGAUUUCACGGAAGGGCCAGGCGUAUAAUCUAUCAAGGGAUCACAAACCUGAUCUUGAGAUUGAAAGAGAGAGGAUCCUGAAAGCAGGUGGUUUCAUCCAUGCAGGACGUGUUAAUGGUAGCUUAAAUCUUGCAAGAGCUAUAGGUGACAUGGAAUUCAAGCAGAAUAAGUUUUUGCCAGCUGAGAAGCAAGUUGUUACAGCCGAUCCAGACAUAAAUAUUGUUGAACUAUGUGAUGAUGAUGAUUUUAUUGUGCUCGCCUGUGAUGGUGUGUGGGACUGCAUGUCGAGCCAGCAAUUAGUGGACUUUAUACAUGAGCAGCUGAACUCGGAAUCCAAGCUUUCAGCGAUAUGUGAAAGAGUUCUUGAUCGGUGUUUGGCACCUACUGCUGGAGGUGAAGGAUGCGAUAAUAUGACCAUGAUUUUAGUACAACUCAAAAAACCUAUUCUCUCGGGGGCUUCUCCACGCGAUGAACCAUCGGCUUCUCCAGGCGAUGAACCAUCGGCUUCUCCAGGUGAUGAGCUGUCAGCUUUGAGUGAGAAACUCCCUGCUUCAGAUGAAGUAAAUGCUGAAUCAAAACCAGCAGAAUGUGGAUCAAGUUCAUAAUCACAGAUAUCCUUUGUUGAGUCUGAAACUUCCUUCUCAAAGUAUAAUCUGCAGUUGUAAAUGAUUGUUUCUUUUGGGCUAUGUGGAUCAACUACUGAAAAUUUUACUUUUAUUGCUGCUGGUUGUAUAUGUUUUUUGUAUUGUACUAUAACUCUUUGGAUGACAUGUAUAGAUGCUAGACCAGAUGUCUGACAUGAAAACUAAAAACCGAACAAUUUGUUAUCCAAAUUGAUUACAUCCUUUUUUUUC